GCUGCGCAUUCGUCGCGGCGCCCGCGCCGCGCAUCCCUUACCGCCAGACCACACAGCUUGCAGACAGCAUGCUCUGGCAAGCGGGCGCGUGGUUGGUACUGCUGCUGCUUGCGGGGGCGGCAGCCAAGGAAGUGACCGGCAUGGAAAUGACAGGCAAGGAAGUGACAGAUAAGGAGCUAGACGUCCACGACGUGCCGCAGGCGCAGGACCCCGACACUGACAACUAUGACGACUACAACCCCUUCGGGGAGGAUGAGAAUGCUCUGAUAGCUGAACGAGACUUCAGAGGAUCUGUAACGACAAGUAAUCCUGGGAUAAGGCGACCUCCGUCCUUACCGACGGCGACGAUCCUACCGCAAACACCAAAAUGCGUGGACAUUGGGCGGGCGUGGUUCGAGGGCGAGACGUGGAAGCGAGACAACUGCACGCUCUGCCAGUGUUACGGGGGCCGCAUCAACUGCUCCGUACUGCCUGCUUGUCUCCAAGCUCCAGCCACCGGUAGACCGUCAUACAACGUGAAUGCGGCAGCAACCACCCCAGUGCGGGGAGUUCCUGGUCACCCUGGGGAGGAGGGCCCUUCAGGUCCCCCGGGGGCCCCCGGGGUCAACGGAGUUCCUGGUGCGCCGGGGAUGCCCGGAGCCACUGGACCUAUGCCUGAUGUAAAUGCAUACUUGGCUCAACUCGCGGCGUCAUCAGGCGGUGGCGACAAGGGACCAGCCUUCGACCCCUACCAGUACAUGCAGGCUUCUGUUGGUGCCCCGGGAAUUAGAGGAGUACAAGGUCCACAAGGCCCGCCCGGUCCACAAGGUUUCCAAGGUCCCCGCGGAGAGCCCGGCGAGCCCGGUCUCCCCGGACUACAGGGACCUCCCGGUGAAAGAGGACCUCAAGGACCACCAGGCAAAGAUGGAUCCCCAGGCGAAGAUGGCGAGCCCGGUCCAGCAGGCGCGGUGGGUCAAACUGGACCUAGAGGUGCUCCGGGAGUCCCUGGCAUCCAGGGUCUAAAAGGGCAUCGCGGUUUCGACGGCAAGGACGGCGCUAAGGGCGACCAAGGACUUCCAGGCGAAAAGGGACCUACGGGUUUGCCUGGACAAAUGGGGCCUACAGGACCUAUUGGUCCAGUGGGUCCUCGAGGUGAGCGUGGUCGCGAGGGAUCCCCCGGAGCCCCCGGCAUGCGCGGAGCUGAUGGCGCUGCCGGUCCACCGGGACCUGUGGGCAAUGUUGGUAAACCAGGCGCCCCAGGAUUCCCAGGAACUACAGGAUUGAAAGGUGAACAAGGAUCCGUGGGGCCUAAAGGCAGUCAAGGGGUGCAAGGAGUGCGUGGUGAGGCUGGCAGACCAGGUCAGCCGGGAGACGUCGGUGCGCCCGGAAUUGCUGGCAGAGAUGGCAUCCCAGGAGAGAAAGGUGUCCAAGGUCAACCUGGAGCAACAGGACCGCAAGGAUUUCCUGGACCUAGAGGAACUCCUGGCGUGGCUGGUGAUCCUGGAGUUCCGGGGACUAAAGGAAUGCCUGGUCAACCGGGUGAAAGAGGUCUUAAAGGAGACAGCGGACCACGCGGAGAAAGCGGUUCCCCCGGUCCUAGAGGUCUACCUGGCACAGUCGGACCCGAAGGCAAACGCGGGAAGAGAGGUUUGCGAGGACCUGCGGGUAACGUUGGACCUCAAGGCGAGAGGGGCUUACAAGGAAUGAGGGGUUUACCAGGAUCGGAUGGUCCGAUGGGGGUUAAAGGUCAACCGGGAGAAAGAGGAGGUGUGGGUUUAUCUGGAUCUAAAGGAAGCACUGGAGAUCCUGGAAGACCUGGGCUACAAGGACUACAAGGACCUAGAGGUGCAAUAGGCAGGCCUGGUAUCGCUGGCAAGACGGGACCUCCUGGUGAAAGAGGCAUCCCUGGCGCUGAUGGACGGCCAGGCGAGCAAGGACCUCAAGGACUGCAGGGCCCACCCGGACUGACUGGCAGUCCUGGAGACAGAGGCUUACAGGGCGAACCGGGUAAAGAUGGCGACCCUGGUCAAGCGGGGCCACAGGGACCUAAAGGCGACCCUGGACGUGAUGGCAGUCCGGGUAUCCAGGGACAACAAGGACCUUCAGGCCCCUCUGGAGAUAGGGGACCUCCUGGACCUUCUGGUCCGACUGGAUUUCCAGGUAUGCCCGGCGCAGCUGGUCUACCAGGAUCCCCGGGUAAAGAUGGCGAGCCAGGCGUGGCUGGACCGGCCGGGCCGCCCGGACAGGCGGGGCCUCGUGGUGAACGCGGCUUCCUAGGCGAGCGGGGACAACCGGGGCCACAGGGGUCUCCGGGGGAGAAAGGCGAUGCUGGGUCGCAGGGAUCUGAAGGCCCACCGGGUCCAGAAGGACCUCGAGGAGCUAAGGGUCACCCUGGGCCCCUUGGGGCUAUGGGAAUGCCUGGGCCUCGUGGUUUAACUGGUCCAUCUGGCGAGAAGGGAGAACGGGGCGCAUCCGGACCUACUGGCAACGAUGGACCUCCAGGUCGUCAAGGUGAACAAGGCCCCCAAGGUCCCGUAGGUCCUGCGGGGCCUCCAGGCGAGCCCGCCGAGCGAGGUGAACCGGGAGCCCCCGGAGUGCCGGGAGAGGCCGGUGCGCCAGGCUCCCCGGGAGAACGAGGUCAGCCAGGCCUGCAGGGAUCGCCGGGGUUGCCAGGAUCGCCGGGCCUCACGGGCAUGCCAGGAUUGAAGGGCGACAGAGGUUACGCUGGGGCCAAAGGUCAACAAGGUUCCCCCGGGAGUCCAGGUAUCGCUGGAGAACCAGGUCUUCGCGGUUUACCAGGGUUGGCGGGGGCGAAAGGUGCUCGCGGUGAGCAAGGGCACAAGGGGGAAGUUGGACACGCUGGGUUACCGGGCCGCCCCGGUGAAGUUGGGCCUCCGGGUCCACAAGGCAGUACUGGUCCGGCUGGCGCUCCAGGCAUACCAGGCGCUAAGGGAUCCGCCGGUGACACUGGUAGGCCCGGACCUGCCGGUCCUCAAGGAAAUACUGGACCCUCAGGUCCGGAGGGACCUAAAGGAGAACGAGGAAGCGAAGGCGAGCAAGGUCCACAGGGUUUGAGCGGACCUCCAGGCCCUGCUGGUGAAAGGGGCCCUAGUGGUAUGCCUGGAAUGGGCGGACCGCCUGGGCCGCAAGGAUUGCGAGGAACUCAGGGCGAAACAGGCGCUCCGGGUAAACCAGGAGCUGAUGGUGCUCCGGGACCAGUAGGAUCUCCAGGGUUACAAGGACCUCCCGGACCCAUGGGUGAAAUGGGACCUGAAGGGCGAGCGGGAAAGCAAGGUCAGCCGGGUAUACCUGGCAGACCUGGAGAUAAGGGACCUCAGGGUCAACCUGGAAUUUCAGGUCCGAGUGGACCUCCUGGACAAAUGGGCCCCCCAGGACCUGCGGGUCCUACCGGACCUGCCGGGGAACGCGGACAGCGUGGUGAAACAGGUCUUCCGGGGGCAGAUGGACCUCCCGGACCUGCGGGAAAACAAGGACCUGCAGGGUUGGACGGAGCUAAAGGUGAAAGAGGGGAGGCAGGAGGUGAUGGGGCUAAAGGUCACGCAGGAUUGCCAGGAUUGCCUGGUCUCAUGGGAGCCCCCGGUAGACAAGGAGAAAGGGGACUGCCUGGACCUAGUGGGAUGCCUGGAAAAGAUGGGGAGCCUGGUUCUAGAGGUCCACCCGGUCGCGACGGUAGCCCCGGUCCGCAAGGUCCGCCCGGUCCCCCCGGAGCGCGAGGCCCCGCCGGAGACGCGGGUCGUCAUGGGGCCCCCGGCCCGGCUGGACCUCCCGGCCCCCCCGGACCUCCCGGGGAGGGACUCGCCUAUGAUGCUGCUGCUAUCGCUGCUAUGUUACAACAAGGUUCAGUAAAAGGUCCAGAUCCAUUAGGAGACGACCCCAACAUGCCAGCACGAUUCUUCAAGGAAGAUAUGACUCCAGCUGAACGCAAGGAAAUCGUGAUGAAAGCGUACGAACGACUGAAGGUCUCAUUGGACAAAUUCCUCAAACCUGAUGGCUCUAAGGAAGCUCCGGCGAAGACCUGUGGUGACAUCAAGUAUCACCAUCCGACCUUUAAGAGCGGUCAAUUCUGGGUGGAUCCGAACGGCGGUGACGCCAACGACGCAAUUUUGGUACAUUGCGACCUUGACGUCGGAGCGACUUGCAUCUAUCCAAAACCCAUGCAGUCGCAGGACAUCACGUACCGAGGACGGGACAAGGAGGCUUGGCUGAGCGAGAUGGAAGAAGGAUUUACCAUCACCUACAAAGCGGACCACACCCAGCUGACCUACCUGCAGCUCAUGUCGACGUCAGCUGUCCAGAACGUCACCUUCCACUGCAAGAACACUGUCGGCUACUUCGACCCCGGCUCCAACAACUAUCGGCGAGGCUUGAAGCUGCUGGCUUAUAAUGACGCGGAGAUCCUGCCCAGGGCCAAUAACAGGCUCAGAUAUAAGGCUCUGCUGGAUGAAUGUCAGUACAAGAAGCAAGACUGGGCCCAAACGAUAGUGCAGUAUGAGACAGACAAAGCUGCUCGCCUGCCCGUCCUGGAUGUCGGCGUGCGCGAUGUCGGCAGACCUAACCAGAUGUUCAGGAUUGAACUUGGUCUCGCCUGCUUUAGGUAAACCACCCAGAAGAUAGGAGAUAGCACAUAAUUAAAAAAAAUAUAUUCUUGUUAAAGUGCGUCUCAUUUUGGUACCGCAUUUUUUAAAAAUGUACAUUGUUAUGCGAAUCGAUUGGACUAUUGAUUUGUAGUAAACACCGGAAUCGAUUUUGGAGUCUUCAAAACUAAAAUAAAGUAAACGUGUACCGCUCUAGCCCAAGUUUUCGUUUACAAUUAAGUGAGCCCUUAUUUCGUAAUAGGAUAUUGAAUGAAUGAAAAGAAAUUACUUAAUAAGCGACAUAACAUAAAAGAAACAUAACCAUAACCUAAUGCUUUGUUUUGUACUGAUAACUUUAAACUUUCAGGAAUACCCACAUAUCGUAGGUAUAAUGCCAUCUAGCGAAAAAAUUACGAAAUAUUUUUUUAAGAGAUUUUAUAUUCGAUUUAGUCAUUUUAAGAACCAAAGUUAACUUAGUAUAAGCUUAGAUCUGUUUACGUUAAAGUGUAAUUUUACAAGUAAUAUUGUAGUUGUAAGUGCAAUUUGAUACUCUCUAGAAGUAAAUGUUUCUAAAAGUAUUGUUCAACAUUCCGAUGGGCGAAUGUUUGAAUUACAUACACACUAGUUUUAGUCAAAUAUACACUUUUUGAACUCUUAAGUAUUUUUGCCAAAAUGUGCAUUUAAGUAUUAAUUAAAUAAAAUAUAAUUAAGGAUAGUUUUAAAAGUCAAAAUGUAAAGGUAUAAGAAAUACGUAUUUACAAGAAAAAAUAACGUCGAAUAAAAUUUUGUAAGAGCCAAUUUA